AUGCCAGAUCUGCAGCGCUUUAGUUUUCCAUACCAUAGCAUGAAUCCUUUGUUGGGGGCCAACACGCAUCUCCAACAGCAUCCGCAGCAGAGCCAGACCCCCGGACACCCGGACUCCCCCUCAGGCCUCCUGCCCGACGUGGUUUUUGGUGGAGCGGACCUGCUGGGUGAACAGCCUGGAUCUGGGCCUGAACAACAGGGCCCUGACUUCACCGCACCCUCACAGACCUCACCUUACCUCGGCCACAACCACAGCCCCUACCCGCACCGCUCUGUUCCGCAUCCUCCUGCAGCCAUGGCUCUGAGAAACGACCUAGGAUCCAACAUCAGCGUCCUCAAAACCCUCAACCUGAGAUUUAGGUGCUUCUUGGCUAAAGUGCAUGAAUUAGAGAGAAGAAAUAAGAUUUUGGAGAAGCAGCUGCAACAGGCCCUGGAUGCCAACAAAGGAUGUCAAGGUGGAUGCUGCGAGAACAGGGUGCACACCCAGGAGGCAAGUGUCCAGACCGGGUUUGUGGGGACCAUCCCUCUCAGGCCUGGUUCCCUACCUUUUCACAACACCAACAACUCAGCUAGAAGGCCUACGACACUGUUCACCACCAUCCCACCUGCAGUAGGAGUCAACACUGACAGCACUAAUUCAACCCAAACCAACAGCAGUUGUAACCCAGCUAUAACCAUCAGCCAGUCCUCCCCCUGUGUGGACUCCCCUGGCUCUGCUCCUGCCCCCAACACCAACACCGGCCUGGGAGGAUCCACCAAUCCACCUCCACGAUUCCUCCCUGGAACCAUCUGGUCCUACAACCACACUCGUAGAUUUGGAUCUGCAGGUGUGGAGCGUCUGACCAGCCCAGGUGUAUCCUGGGUGCAUCCGGACGGCGUCGGGGUCCAGAUCGACACCAUCACCCCUGAGAUAAGAGCCCUGUAUAAUGUCCUGGCUAAAGUGAAGAGGGAGAGAGACGAGUAUAAACGCAGAUGGGAAGAAGAAUACACAAUGAGGAUGGAUUUGCAGCAGAAGAUUGCAGAUCUACAGGAGGACCUGCAGGAAAGUGAAGGCUGUCAGGACGAGCUGGCUCUCAGAGUUCAGCAGCUUAAAGCCGAACUGGUUCUGUUCAAAGGCCUCAUGAGCAAUAACCUAUCAGAGUUGGACAGUAAAAUACAGGAAAAAGCCAUGAAAGUGGACAUGGACAUCUGCCGCAGAAUUGAUAUUACUGCUCGGCUCUGUGACGUAGCUCAGCAGAGGAACUGUGAGGAUGUUAUUCAGAUGUACCAGGUUCCCAACAAUCAAACAUCUUUAAACUGCCGCCGGAAAACAACACCUCUGUCUUUUAAUGGGAGUGAGUGUGAUGAACCUGUCAGCACCUCUGAGAGCGAUGGGGGCGUGGUCAAAGAGGAGGAGCACUGUGGCUCAUCAGCCAAUCAGAUCAAUGAGGAGAUGCAGAGGAUGCUGAACCAACUGCGUGAAUGUGAGUUUGAAGAUGACUGUGACAGUCUGGCCUGGGAGGAGACUGAGGAGACGCUGCUGCUGUGGGAGGACUUCCCAGGGUGCACUCUGCCUCCUGACCCAACCCAUCCACCAGGAGAGGAGGACUGUCUGGAAAAGGUGAUUAAUGAUACAGAGUGUCUGUUCAAGUCCAGAGAGAAGGAAUACCAGGAGACCAUUGACCAGAUUGAGCUGGAACUGGCCACAGCGAAGAGCGACAUGAACCGACAUCUUCAUGAGUACAUGGAAAUGUGCUCCAUGAAACGAGGCCUGGAUGUUCAGAUGGAGACCUGCAGGAGACUCAUCACGCAAAGCGGAGACAGGGUGUUUCUGUUGCAGUAACUCUGCAGCACCUGCCUCCACUGAGGAGAGCGACCAGCGAGAAAGCGAUAAGUCUUCAGCCUCGCCACCCUCUUGUUCCAGCUCGGUGGGAAAAUCUUGACAACAUCUCAAUCCGACGACGCUGACGGCUGUUAUGGUCAUGUGACUUCCACUUCAUCCAGUUACAGCACCACACCAACGCAAUAGACACCUUCAGCCAUGGCAACACCGUGUUUACAUCAUAUAAACCUCUUCAGUUACUUUUUGUUUUUGUGCUGUCCAAACAAAUCAGCUGUAGUUUGAUUUUUAGCUCAUGAGCUUGGACGCUGUGAUCGCAUAGCAGACCAUAAUCAUUGUCAGAUGUUACUGCUUGGGGAAGAGGUCUUUCUGUUGUCUUAUGUUACACGGCAGUAACUAAGAAAAUUCAUCUUGUGAUUGAGAACAAUGGAUUGUCUACAGUCAGAAUACUGUAAGUGUAGAGGCUGUAGUCCUGUGAGGCAGUGCAGUGCUAUAGGCCACAGGGAUGCAGACUAUGACUUAUUAUCACAAAAUAAAUGUAAGUGUAACUUCAGCAAUCAAAUGUUAAAAUAACUAAUCCUUCCUCCAAUUAACUGUCAAUAACAGGGUCUAACACAGCUAUGUGCACUACCCUGAAUGUAAAACAAGCAAAAAUCAUAUACAUGAAUCUCAAAUCUGAGUGAUACUCACAGUUUUCUUUUCAGGAAGUUAAUAGGAAUCCAAUAAGAUGUCAUGUUUCAGCAUUUUAUGGCCUUAAUGAUGCAGAUUCAGGCUUUUUUUUCUGAUGAAGCCAUGACCAAAGCAAUCACAAAGUCAUGAAUAAAUUAUAACACCUGCUUUAUUUAGCAAAACAUGAACGUGGAGCGGCAGAACUAUGUCUCAAAAUAUCCACAUGCCUCUUGAUAAUAUUGCUAGUUUCGGCUCUGAAAAGAAGGUUUGGUCAGUUACCUGUUUUCCCCAUCAAAGCAUGAUCACAUUCUAACUGUUUAAGCAUCAUAUACACAAGUGAUGUACCUUGGAUUUUUGUUUUGCUCACAUACUGUAUAUAUUAUUUUUAGGGACAAAUGGACAAAAUGGAUCAUGAUAUUGCAAUGUUUUCAGUGUAGUUACCAUAAAUGUUCGUAUAACUGCAGCAAAAACAACGCCUAAAUCAAGUGUGUUUGAUAAUAUACAGUGAAAUCAGUCGUAGGAAAGGGAGCAAUGAGGAUUUCUCCACCAAAAGGCUGGUCUACAAGGUCUGAGAUCACUGAAAAGCAAAUUGACCAAAUCACUCACUAGAAGCAUGAGGGUACUUCAGGAACAUUACAACACUUCAUCAGUAAAAAAACAAAACAAAAAACAAAACGCUCUGAAACACAAUGAGCGACUGUGAAG